AUGGAUGAGCGGAUAAGAGAUAAGAUGGUUACAGGGUUGUCCAUGAAAAUUGGUGAUGGGCGAAGGACUCGAUUCUGGGAGGAUGUAUGGCUACUAUGUGGUUCUCUGAAAGACCGGUUUUCGAGACUUUUCUCUAUUUCAAACCAGUGUGGAUCUGUUAUUGGGGAUUGUGGGUUUUGGGAUGGGAUAGAGUGGAUUUGGAAUUUCCAAUGGAGGCGAGAGCUUUUUCAGUGGGAGUUGGAGCUUCUGAAUCAAUUACAUGAAGCUUUGAGACCGGUGAAAUUAGUAAAUCACAGAGAGGAUAGAGUGAUUUGGAAAUAUGAUAGGCAAAGUGUCUUUUCAACUAACUCAUUUGUGCAGGUGAUGCAGGUUGAAAGGCUUCCAGAGGAGGUGACCAGCUACAACUUCACAAGCACCAUUUGGAAAGGUCUGGUUCCACAAAGAGUGGAGCUGUUUGCUUGGUUUGUUUUAAUAAGCAGGGUGAACACUAAAGAAAGACUGAGCCGAUUUGGAAUUAUCAGACAGGAGGACACUGUGUGCGUGUUAUGUAAUAAUGAGUUGGAACAUGUAUAUCACUUGUUUCUAGGAUGUGAAUUUGCUUGGCAGGUGUGGAGUGCUUGGAUAUCAGGAUUCGACUAUCAAUGGUCUUAUCCGGGUUCGCUGAAAGAGCACUACCUCAGUUGGACAGAAGAACCAAAGAGUAAGGGGAAUCGUGAGCAGCGACUAAGGUGUUUUUGUGCCGUCAUUUGGAAUAUAUGGAUGGAAAGAAAUAGAAGGAUCUUCCACGAUCAAAGCAGAGGUGUUGAAGAAAUUAUCAGCAUGACCAUGACAAGCGUUAAUGAGUGGAGAGGUGAUGUUCCCUCUUGUUGUUGA